CAGUCUCACACACAUGCCGAGCAGGCAGCAGACCUCCAGCUGUCUUUCGAUGAAUAAAAGUCUUUGAUUAGAAAAAUCAGAUGAAACACGCUGAAGGGAUUCACUCAACUUUUGACAUUGUGGAUACGUCUGAUCAAAAGAGGCAGGAUGCGGGAUAUGUUAGACAAACUCCAGCAGAUCAGUGAGGAGCAGGAGGACUUCGAUCCAGAGUUCUUUGGGCCUGAGUCUGAUAUUGACAACGGAACUCUGUCUCAUGAGGCAGUAGAGUUUGAAGAAUUCCCAACUAUUGAUGACAUCCUGAAUGAGGCCCACUCCAUACGCAAGGAUAUCUCCCUGCUUCACUUAGAGGUGGAGCGCCUCAGAGUUCACAAUCAGCGCUAUGGGACCACUGUACGUCGACUCAGUCUUCUGAAAAAGGACUCUGACUCCAUCGCCAGAGACAUCCAACAACACGGGGAGAGUCUGUUCUCCCGUCUGCAAGCCCUGGGUAGAGAGAGUGACCAGCUGGAAGAGGAAGAAGGUCCCAGUGCUGCUGUGAGUCGUAUUGCCCGUGUUCAGUACGACACCCUGACCCGAGCUUUCCAUGAAGCCAUGAAUGACUACCACAUGGCAGAGGAGGCGCAGAAGAGUGCAUGCAGGCAGAGGAUCCAGAGGCAGGCCUCCAUAUGGGGGACACAAAUCACUGAUGACCAGCUGGAUGUGCUGGUGAACAAAGGUGGCGAGGGCUGGACCGAGCUGUCCCAGAAAAUUCAGCCACACUCGUCUCGCUGGGCACUGUGUGAGAUCAAAGGCCGACACAAGGAGCUGGUGGAGCUGGAGGCCAGAAUGAAGGAGGUCCAUGAAUUGUUCCUAGACAUGGCCAUGCUGGUGGAGGACCAGGGAUGCCUCCUCAACAACAUUGAGGCCCAAGUGUGCGGCACACAGGAGUAUAUUGAAAAAUUCAACAUGAAUAUCAAGAAAGCCAUACAAUACAAGAGGAAGAAUCCUUUUCUGCAGUGUUGCCCCUGUCUACCCUGCUGGCGUCAUAAUCAAACUCUUUAGAACUCAGGUUGAGAUUGUUGAAUUUGGGGGAUGAAUAAGAACAGGGAAAACAUAGUUCAACAACAGAAAAAUGUCUGCUUAAUUAAAUUUAUAUAAAAUAGUUGAUGUUUAAAGUAAACUUUACUGUGUAAAAGAUGUUCUGCCUUGGAGUUGAACAUGAAAUGUUUCAAAUGAUCUUAAACACAGGUUUUCCUUAACUAAGGCGUGUGUUUGUGUGAGAACAAUGUAUUGUUUUAAAUUAUAGAAUUUUAGUUGUCAAUGAAAUAAACACUACUGUAAUAACUUGAA